AACACAACCUUGACGUGUUCGAGGGCACGGAGCAGCACACGCCUGUCUCCAUGGCGAUCCCGUACCCUGGUUACGUGGCGUUGUCAGGUGACGGUGACGUGGCGUUGCUUAGGCUCCGCCUCCCGGUGACUCCGAGUCCUCGAGUCGUUCCCGUCUGCCUGCCAACUCGAAGCUUCGCCGAACGGGAGCCUCUGCCGGUUCGACCACGUGGUGUCGGGGUGGGGGGGGCGCACCGUGGGGCGUAACCCCCCUCGCCCCCCCCUCCUCCACACCAUGAACGUUCCCAUCCUGCCGAACACUGAGUGUUCCCGACGCUCCGGGUUCAACUUCACGGACAACAUGCUGUGCGCAGGGUACCUGGAGGGACAGGCGGAAGGUUGCCGGGGACCGCUGGUCACACUGUACGGACACACCCACUUCCUGUCCGGCGUGGUGGGGUGGGGGCGGGGCUGCCAGCACCCCGGGUAUUAUGGGGUGUACGCCAAGAUGGCCAACUUCGUGGAGUGGGUGGAGGAGACCAUGAAGAACCCCCCCACUGAGACCCCGCCCAUCGGGAAGCACCUCGACAUGAUGCAGCAGAAACUGGUUUAAACCAUUAUCCACGGGUUUUAGGGGGGUCAUUUUACUCUGUUGUUGACAGUUACCACUUGUUCUUCGACUUGUUGACAGUUACGUGACGUGUUGACGGUUACCACUUGUUGUUGACAGUUACGUGACUUGUUGACGGUUACGCGACUUGUUGACGGUUACGCGACUUGUUGACGGUUACGCGACUUGUUGACGGUUACGCGACUUGUUGACGGUUACGUGACUUGUUGACGGUUACGUGACUUGUUGACGGUUACCACUUUAUUUCUACACCCCUCUUCUGUUCAGUCGUAAUAAAGCAUCAGGUUUUGGUCUCUAUUGAAUGUUGAUGAUUAGAAGCUGAAUAAAGUUUCUGAAGCAACGGA